GAGAUUGAUUUCAUUGGGAAGUCAGCAUUGAUUGAACAGAAAAGCAAAGGAGUUGAGUCGAAGUUAACACAGUUCCUCCUGGAAGACCAUGACCUUGAUAAUGACCUUUGGCCAUGGGGAGACGAACCGAUUUACCGGGACGGCAAGUUUACCGGAAUGUCAACCUCCAGUGGUUAUGCUCCGACACUCGGCAAGAUGGUCGUAGUAGGUUGGGUGACCAAUCAGAAUGAGCAGACAGGACAGCGAGACAUUGUGACCAAUGACUUUGUAUUGAAAGGUCAUUAUGAGAUUGAACUAUCGGGUAAAAGGUUUCACGCUAGAGGGAGCCCUUACCCAGUGAAGCUGCAGCUCAAACAACCUCAGUUUGGUUAACAACUGUAAUUGUAUCAUCAUACUGUAUAAUUCUGAUAGAAACCUUGGGUCAAUCAAUCAAUCAAUCAAUCAACCAAUGAACAGAAAUUUGUAAAGCGCAAUUAUCCAUGGCAGAUUUGAUCGGAUAAAAAUAACCUCCGACUUGGGAUCAUUAAGACAAAAGUUAUACAGUAAGCCACUGUUUGAUAUUUACAGUACACUGUUCUAGUGAUUUGAUUGCUGAUGGAAAAUUGUUCUUUUUAAAUGAAAGGUAGAUCUAUGUGUCAUCGGCAUACUGGUGGAAUUCUAUAUUGUGAUGCCUUAUAAGUUUACCAAUAGGAUCAAUUUAAUAGAAAAAAGCAAAGGCACAAGAAUAGAUCCCUGGGGCACACCUUGUUUAGGAGCAUAGCAGACUUUGAUUGCUGAAUUGAAGUCAUUAAUUCUUUGUUUAAUUUUUGCAGGGAGUUGUUAUACUACUGUAGUUCAGUUGUUAUAAUUCAGCAAUUGAAGUCUGAACUAUAACAACUCCCUGAUUUUUGUGUCUAGUGCCCUUUUAGGGGCCUACUGGGUUUCUAUUUUAAGUUUUAUGUUAAUUUGAAAAAAAAAAUGUUGUGAACUACAGUAUCAAUAAAGGAACUUUCAGGGAUAA